AUGGCCAGCGUCAUUUGUUAUAUCUUAGAAUAUGACUUCCUCAUGAUUACGUCGGUCUUGACCAGUAAACUCAACAAGGCUGGAACGGCCAUCGCCAUCAAUUCGCAGCAGCCGCAUGAGAAGCAGUAG